AUGAUGAACUCCCGAAUCUACCAUGCAACAAAUUCGACACCAGAGAUCGAUCAGGUGCUUCGGGAAGCGCAUAACACGCUAUUCAGUGACAGGAUCGCACACACACCAGUAGACUACCCAAUAAAGCUGAAGAUAUCCACGUACAAGGGAAACACUCACCCAAGGCAAUAUCUGACGGCAUUCUGCAUAGCGAUGGGACAGACCCACUUCUCCGAAGAAGAAAGACGCCGGCUUUUGUCAACUCUAAGUCGAAAAUUUCUCCAGAUCAGCCCUAACUUGAUUCUCAAGGCUGGAAGUCCACUCAAACUAUAG